AUGAACAAGAAACUGAUUAAGAACCUUUGGCGCGAGCUGAAGAUUCAGAAGAGUCGGAGGAAUUCCAUCAUAAAGCAAUCUUCUGCUAAUGUUGCUCAGCUACUCAAGACGGGUCGACAUGAUGAAGCUUUUGCUAAGGUUGAGCAUCUCUACAAGGACAUGUGCAUAGAAUGUGCAUAUAAUCGAGUGGACCAAUUCAGUGCGCAGGUCUACCGUCAAGUUCAAUGUAUUAGCAAAAACUGUGAUUUGCCAACUGAAGUGAACAAGGCUAUAUCAAGUUUGGUGUUUGCUAGCUCAGUGUGUGAGGAUCUUCAAGAGCUGCGUUUGCUACAAAAUCUAUUCCGAGAUCGUUAUGGUAGUGAAUUUGUGAAGACCAAUGUUGGAUUGUUGCCUGGAAAUCUUGUGGACGAGGAGAUGAAGGAGAAUCUUUGUAUAAAUUCAGUACCGGAUGAUGUGAAGCUCCGGUUGAUGAGUGCAAUAGCCGAUGACCAUCUUAUAGAGCCAAGACCUUGGGAAAGCAGGCAAAUGAUCAAAGUUUCAGAAUGUGAGGAGAUGACGAGGAAGAGCGUGUCAAGUCAUUCUGGAUCAGAUUGUGAGAGUUCAAUGAGGUUUUCAUGCGAGCCUGAGGACAGUUUUGAUAGUACAGGUGAUUCCAGUAGCUCUUCGGAAGUGGAUUUGGAAUAUCAGAAGAAUCUUUGUAUGCAAUAUUCAGUGCCAGAUGCGGUGGAGCUCUGGUUGAUGAGUGUGAUAGCUGAUGACCAUCUGAGAGAGCCAAGGCCUUUGGAACGCAGGCAAAUGAUUGAAGCUUCAGAAUGUGAAGAGACGAUGAGGAAGAGCAAGUUAAGUGAUUCUGAAUCAGAUUGUGAAAGUUUGAUGAGCUUUUCAUUUGAGUAUGAGGGCAGAUCAGAUGGUACAAAUGGUUCCACUAGCUCUUACGGAUUGGAUUUUGAGGACAGUUCGGAUAGUACAAGUGGUUCCAGUAGCUCUUCCGAGGAGGAUUUCUGA